CUUUUACAGAGCGCCUUUCUAGCAAAUAUUGGAGCAAAUUAUCGCCCAGAUCAACUAAUUUUUAUUGACGAAGCUGCUAAGGAUAAUCGUAGCUUAAAUAAGUGUUAUGGCUAUACACCUAUAAAUGUUCGUGCACGCAAGAAGACCAUUUUCAUUUAUGGAAAAAGAUAUACAAUCUUACCUGCUCUUUCGUUAGAUGGUCUCUUGGCAGUAGAUAUUAUGGAAG